AUGGAUCACUUCACUAAUCAAAUCCAAAUUCAUGAUGAAAAUAAACUUGAAUCUCAUGCUAGAAUCACUAGAUCCAAAACAAAUAUAACUUCAACAACCUCAAAUAAUGUCCAAUCAAAAUCUAAUAUUCCUGUGAGAAGAAGUGCUUUAUCAAAUGUCACCAAUACAAAGCUAGGAGGUGCUGCUACAGCUGCUAAACCAAGUGGCUUGAAAAAACCUCAACCUAUAAUACCUAAAGAAAGAAUUGAAGAGGAACAUCAACAAAUAACUACAAGAUCUGCUAUGAAAAGACAAGCCAGCUCAAAUAGUAUACAUAAUAAUAAUGAAACAAGCUUCAAAAAGUCUAAAACUGCUGAUUAUCAAUGGGAAGACUUAGAUGAAGAAGAUUUUGACGAUCCAUUAAUGGUUAGUGAAUAUGUUGUUGAAAUUUUCAAUUAUCUUUAUGAAUUGGAAAUUAAAACUUUACCAAUGUCUGAUUAUUUAUCAAAACAAACUUUCAUAAAUGCUAAUAUGAGAGAUCAAUUAGUUGACUGGAUGAAUGAAGUUCAUUUAAAAUUUAGAUUAUUACCAGAAACUUUAUUCGUUGCUAUGAAUUUAAUGGAUAGAUUUUUAUCAAGAGAAAUUGUUCAAGUUAAUAGAUUACAAUUAUUGGGUACUGCAUGUUUAUUUAUUUCUUCUAAAUAUGAAGAGAUCUAUUCACCAAGUGUUUCAAACUUUGCAAGUGAAAGUGGUUCAAGUGUUGAUGAAAUUUUAGCUGCUGAAAAAUUCGUUUUAGAAAUUUUAAAUUUUGAUAUAAGUUAUCCAAAUCCAAUGAAUUUCUUGAGAAGAAUUUCCAAAGCUGAUGAUUACGAUAUCCAUUCAAGAACAAUCGGUAAAUAUUUUAUGGAAAUUUCAAUAAUGGAUCAUCAUUUCAUUGGUGUUAAACCUUCUUUAUGUGCUGCUGCUUCAAUGUUUUUAGCAAGAAAAAUGUUGGGUAAAAAUGAUUGGAAUGGUAAUUUAAUACAUUAUUCAGGUGAAGUUUUUGAAACUGAUUUACAACCAGUCGUUCAAUUAUACAUUCAAUAUCUAGUUGGUCCUGUUAUUCAUGAAGAAUUCUUCAAGAAGUAUGCUUCAAAAAGAUUCAUGAAAGCUUCCAUAAUAUCGAGACAAUGGGCAAAAGAUCUAGUUAAAAGUGGUGCUGCCUCCAUCUGA